UUUUAUUUUCUUAGGGACAAAACAACUCCAUAUAGUUUACCGAAUGAUAGAAUAAGACAUAACUUGUGAUACGAACGAAAUAUUUACACCUCACGUCAUAUCCGGAAAGGUUCAAAUGGCUGACAGACGUAAACAACAGUAUGGAGUCAAAUCUGACAUCGACUCCGAGUUAGCCCCUUAUAAAUGUCCUAUCUGUUUAGAGAUAUUCAGAUCUCCAGUCCAUAUAAAAUGCGGCCACAACCACACAUAUUGUACAGAAUGCAUCGCACCUUAUCAGUCCCAUGAUGAAGCCCAGUGUCCAGAGUGCAGAGGGAUAUUUGACCCUCAUGAUCUCAGGAGAGCCACUGACCUGGAACAUGCAAUGAGGACUGUUCAAGUUCCAUGCAGAUGGUGUGGGCAAAUGAUGGCAGUUUGUCGACAAAGAUCUCACUCAGCAAAAUGUAAACAGAGAGACCUUUCUUUACCCAAGUUCAAACCAGUUGCAGAAACAACACAGAUGUAUCCUGCCAAUUUACCCAAUAGGUCUACAUUUAGCUGUCCAGUUUGCCAUUUGCAGAAUCUAGACUGUUCUGAUCUUAUACGACAUUGUAAUGAAAAACACUCCCAGCAAUCUGGAACUUAUGUGUGCCCAGUAUGUUCGGCUAUGCCUUGGGGAGACCCAAACUACUGCAGUCCUGAUAUUGUUCAUCAUCUCAACAUACGGCAUAAGUUUGAAUAUGAUACAUAUGUGGAUUUUAACCAAGAUGAAGAUGAGAUGUUGAGACAAGCAUUGCAUGCCUCCUUGGAACAGGCAUAAAGUUUUGUUUGACAUCAAGGGCCAUAGUGCAGCUGUCUCUUUACUGAUGAGAGUGAUUGGUGAAUAAGUGAGAAAUUUGAGAGUUGGAGAGAGCUGUGCAAUGAAGAUAGAUGAGAAACAAGCACUAUGCGUAUGUUAGUUGCAGGUGUAACAGAACUGAAUGUACCUGUGUAAUGCGGUAAAGAACCUUGUUGCAUAAUUUCAUAUUUUUUCCUAUUUGCUUGUAUUUUGUAGGCUUUUAUUGGCCCAGGCUGUCCAGCGGCCCUAAAAUUCCUAAAAAUUCCUAAUUUUUUUCAGUUUUGCUAAAAUUCCUAAAAAAAUGUAAAAUUCAAGGGGAAAUCCUAAAAAAGCCCUUAUUUUUCAUGUCAAUUCCUACUUUUUUAUCAGUCUUGAAAAAUCAAAAUGCAUUCAUACAAAAUGUGUGUUAUUAACGUAGAUUGCAGUUCUUAUUCAGAUAAUGCUGAUGCAGUGAAAGGCAGUUGACCUGUGGAUCCAUGUGUCAAGCUUGUUUAUUGGUUAUAGCCAAUAAUAGCUGAGACCAUGGAACACUGGAAUACGCCCUUCCUGUACUUGCAUCUUAUUUGUGUGUCAUGUGAGUUUCUUUAUUGUCAAAUUUGACAAGGUAAGUCCUUUUAAAUAAUUAAAACUUCCGCAAUUUGGUUAAAAAUUCCUAAUUUUAGCCCUAAUUUAGCCCUAAUUUUUUUUAAUUUUACCCCUAAAAUUUGCCCUUAUUUUUUGUCCAAGGGUGCUGGACAGCCUGUUGGCCAUAAAUUCCUGCGUUGUAAAAGCCUGGGAACUACUUUAAGGUAGCUCAUUACACCAAGACUUAUACUUUUUUAUAACACUACAUUACAAGAUGGUGGUUUAAAUUUUUGUGUGAAAUAUUUUGUAUCGAUCGAUUUAUUUGUCUAUCAUCGUAUCUCAGUGGAUAAAGUAUCGGGUUAGUGGCCCACAGAUUCCGAGUUCAAAUCUUCUGGUCUAUCGUUCAUAUUUAUUGAAAUCAAUUUUUUGAAAAUCAUGUUUUUUAUCCAAAAUUGCAUUUUUUGCCUUUUUGACAUAUAUACUCCUUACACAUCAUCAUAUCAUGCAUAAUUAUAUCAUUUCGUGCUGAUGAAGAAACUCUUUCAUUGUGUAGUGAGCCACCUUAACUCAGUUUUGAUGUCACAUCUGUUUACAAAUGACAAAGGCAAAACUUGGUCGUGAUGUCAUAUCUGUUUUCAAAUGAUAAUGCAUGUAAACAGUGUAUCUGCUUCCAAAUGACUGCACUAUUGAAAUUAUGAAUAUAAAUAGCAUUGAAAAAUAUGUAAUGGAAAUGUUAUUGACUGAAUAUUGGGAAAUAUGUUCACUGUCAAUCUCUGAGCAAAAAGGACCUCACAAACUUUGUCCACUUUACCAUGCAACAACUGAGGGCAGGCAUAUUUCCCAAUAAUUUGUCAAUAACCUAUGAACAAUUAUGUGCUGUUUGUAUUGGAUGGCAAUAUAUAUAUGUAUCUUGAUUUAUUUUUUCAGUUACUGCUUUCACGUAUAGGUGUAGAACUUUUGCUACAACACUUGCCAUUUGAGUUUUUUCCCCCUUAUUUUGUUGGCACUAAAAUACAUGUAUUUGUUUCCUGUUUUUCUAAUGUUACCAGAAUUUUAUUGUAUGUACUUCAAUGAAUCCCAACAAAGUCCAGGUAGAAAAGAGAAGGAGAUGGAACUCUCUGAACCUGUUGAAUUUCUAUAUUCUUGUGCAAAUUUAUUAAAGAGCAUCCAGUACACCACUUCGAAGUGUUUGUCAUUGAAGAAAAGGUGUGAAUAAAGACAACAGAAAUAACAGAAUUAGUGGGUUUUCUUAUGUAGAUAUUAUGUGUGGAUUUGGUUAAUGGAUUACAGCAAUAGUAGCUGUCAUUUUGGUGCCAAACAUUUUUGUUGCAAAAUUGUGAUUUACUAUUUCAAUGACAGAAAAAAUAAGGUUUAUAAACUUUUGUUAUUAAUAUUUGUGUUAGAAAGCCUAUCCAGAGGCUUUGAAUGAAGCAAAAUUACAUUAUCGUCUUCCGUACAAAAAUUAAUUUCUAUAUAAUGCUUUAUAUUCAAUAGAGCCGAGAUCUUUAUUUUGAUAAAAUCUUAAACUUAGUUUUAAUAUUAUCAAUGACUAUAGUUAAAGUUACACACAAAACUAUCAUAUUAGCUUAUUUUUACAACAAAAUAAAAUUUUCAGAUUUAGAGCCAAUAUUGCUUUAAAUGGGGAAAUAAUGGAGCAUGCCAUUUCCUAUGCUAGUAAAGCAGUUUUACUUGUAGUAUUUUAAGUUUUCAUGUGUUAUUCUUUAUUGCAAUUUGAGAAUGGAAUUUGUCAAUUUUGACAUGUGUGUUAGUAUUGAUAUAAUAAUGCAAGAUGCAUGUGGAAAAUGGCAUGGAAGGCGAUUUAUUUGAAGUUUAGACAAUGAGAUUUGAAAAGACAUUACUAGGCUCUCAUAUUAUGAAAAUAUAUGUGAAAUUAUUAUCUCAAAUCUUGUGGUAUAGUGUAUAACAAUGAUAUCGUUAUCCAAAAUAUAAUGAGUCAACUAUUUCAAAUUCCAUUCUCUUUAUUUAAAAAAAAUCAUCUUUGCUAAACACGUUUUGUAGGCCAAGAAGGUGUUUGUUUUUAAGAAUUGGAACCAUUAAAUGUUUUCCAGGCAGAGCUAA